UCCAGAUUUUUUCUGAGUUCUAAUUCCAAUCAACCCGCAAUGUGUACCCGACCUGGCCUGGCUGCUCUGCUGGUGCUGAUGACGUCUUGUGCCUCCAGCUUCUCACGUGCAGAUACGCAAAGCGCAAGCGCCGCUGCCCUCUCCGCCGCCUCAGCAGACGCUCAGGCAGCACGGCAGCAGCAGGAACAGCAUUUGGUUGCCCAGCAGCAGCAGCAACAGCAGCAGCAACAGCAACAUAGUAACAAUAAUGAGCCGCAGCAGCGAGCGCCGUCGCUUGACCCUUAUUACCGAUCGCUACUCGAUGGGUCUCAGGGUGGCCAGCUUUUUGCGCCUGCGCAGCCGGUAUCGCAACCAGAUCUCUCUCCUGACUUUUCUAACCCUAUGGGAAGUUCUCUGUCCCAAUCUGGGACUCCUGAAGACAGUGAUACUAAGGUGGACACGAGGGGUGCAGCGCCUAAGUUUUUUGGCAAAAAACGGGGGCAAGCGCCCAGAUUUUUUGGAAAGAAGCGAGCUAUGGCUCCGAAGUUUUUCGGUAAGAAAAGCUCUGAGUUUCCCACGAGUAAUUCUGAACAAUUGGCUCUGGACACAAGGGGGUCUCCAAGAUUUUUUGGGAAAAAGAGUUUCCCCGAAUCUAAUAGAGAGCAGAGGGGGUCUCCCAGAUUUUUUGGUAAGAAAAGGUUUGACGAGAAUGUAGACAUAGACGAGCGAGCUGCACCUCGGUUCUUUGGCAAAAAGUCGUCUGGUGAGUCAGCAGGAGACAGUGGUUAUAUAUCUGUGGCUUCGAGGGGUUCUCCCAGAUUUUUUGGAAAGAAGCAAGAUGAUGACAUUAUGAUAGCUGCAAGAGGAUCUCCCAGGUUUUUUGGUAAAAAACGCUCAGAUGACAAUGUAGCUUUGGACUUGCGGGGUUCGCCCAGAUUUUUUGGUAAAAGGCAAUCUAGCGAUUUGGAUGACGAGAUAAGUGUUGCUCUAAGAGGUUCUCCUCGAUUUUUUGGCAAAAAGCGAGCUGACGACGAGGAUAUACUCUUAGGUGAACGAGGGUCGCCUCGAUUCUUUGGGAAGAAAAGGGCUAACGAUGAAAACAUUUCCUUUAGCUUGAGAGGUUCCCCCAGAUUUUUUGGAAAGAAACGGUCGGACGAAUCAGAUGAUGAUAACAUUGGUCUCGUGGCAAGAGGUUCACCCAGAUUUUUUGGAAAGAAACGGUCGGAUGAAACAGAUGAUGAAAAUAUUGGUCUCAUGGCGAGAGGUUCACCCAGAUUUUUCGGCAGGAAGCGAUCAGAUGGAUUAGACGACGGUGGCAAUAGCAUUGAUGUGGCGACAAGAGGUUCGCCCAGAUUUUUUGGCAAAAAGCAAUCAAAUUCCGACAGCUCUGACAAAAGUUCAGAUUCUGCACUGUCUUCUUCAGAAUCUGGUAGACAAACGAGGCAGGCGCCCAGGUUUUUUGGAAAGAGGUACGUUGACGAACAUCAUGUGUCAAAGCGUGCAGCAGCGACUGCCUUUCCGUUGAUAAUCGAAGCCAGGCAGGCCCCCAGGUUUUUCGGAAAACGCGAGUAUCGCUAUCCCCCUCGUGGCUCCCCACACUUUAUAGGAAAGCGGUUUAGUCUGUACAGGUCUCCCGGGAAAUACAGUCUCUCCUCCCCGUACAUGUCAGCGAAAGAAUUUAAAGAAACUUUCCGCAGAUCUGAUCCUUUCUUCAUGGGCAAGAGAACCGCGGAGCUGAACGAAGAAGGCAGUGAUGAUUUCACCAAUGAUGAUACUGACGAUGAAAAUGAAUACGAUGAGACUGUGCUGUUCAAACGAGGCGCUCCCAGGUUUGUUGGAAAGCGAGGGGCACCUCGUUUUCUGGGUCGCCGAGGUGCCCCGAGGUUUAUCGGCAGGAGAGGCGCUCCACGCUUCGUCGGUAAACGGGGGCCGCCGAGAUUUAUCGGCAAGAGGGACCUUGACUGGUAUCAGAAAGCGCUGUGUGCGGAGGCAGAUAUACUAGAGUUGGAUGACUGCGCAGACUUCCUGGGAAACGACGACGUGAAAAGACAAGCUCCAAGGUUUAUAGGCAGAAAAAGGGGUGAAGACGUCUCAGAAAGAGACUACGCGCAAUUGCUUGAAGCUUUGAGCCGACUGCAGGCUAUCAAACAGAUCAAAGCGAGGAUCCAAAACGAAAAGAGGUUAUGGGUGCCAGGGAUGGUCGGUAGACGGAGCGAGUACAACUUGGGGCCAUUCGACGAAUUCGUUGAUGAGUCGAUGGAGAGGUAGCUUUGUCCAUCCAGCGUAUAAUACGUUAUGAAAUUAUGUUUACCCUUGUUUUUAAGCAAGGCAGAAAUCAGUUACUCUGCACCUUUGAUAAGGUGAUGGGGAAGAAUUUUCGGCCUAGAUGAAACUAGAGCCGUUAUCCGAUGGAGAUUUUUUUUGUGAAGAGACCUAUUGACUUUUUAAGAGGGAGUGUAGUGCAUUGUAGGAUAAGUCUGCCAAAACAAGAUCGAAACUGCUGUUGUCCUUGCGAUUUGAUCGGCUCGCGUUGUUUAGUUGCAGGUUCAGGCCAGCCAGUCACUGCACGGGUGCGUCGACGCGAGUAGACCAGGGAUAUUGACAGAUUUAUCUACUUGCAUACUUGUUUUAAUCAUAUAUGCCUUUAAUUAAAUUAUUUUGUUUAUCUGUGAGCUGCAUUUUGAUCAUUUCAAGUGGGGACUUUGGUUUUCAUUUGUGUUCACUUCGUUGUACGACUCCUUUUAAAGAUGCAUUUGGAAGGAUUAAUGAGAAGCAAUGAUAUUGAUGUGUGAUAACGUUAUUGACAACAAUUAAGAAACUGGAAACCCUA